AUGCACAGAACUACUAAAAAAAGAAAGCACAAAACAACUAAUAGCAUCACUAUUCAAGAUUCUCAAGAUGAAGCUUCUGUUGGUACAGUUUUUCAACUUGAUCUAUCAAAUAAAAGUAGCUGGGUCUGGGAAUUUUUUUGUCUAGAAAUCUGUAAAAAAGAUGAUGAAUA